AUGGACAACAACAAAGACCUCCUCGCCAAAGCAAAGGAGUACUCGUCCAACAACGUGGACCUCUACGACCUGCUGCAGAUCGACAGCACCGUCACCGAGGAAAAGGACGUCCGCCGCGCGUGGCGCAAGCAGUCGCUCAACUACCACCCGGACAAGCUCAAGGACGCCUUUGACCCCGAGAAAUGGGAGCUCAUCGAGACGGCCCGCGACAUCCUGCUCGACGCCGCCGCCCGCGCCGCAUACGACAACGCCCGCAAGGCCGUCCUCCUGCGCAAGGCCGAGCGCGACCGCGUCCAGGGCCAGCGGAAGCGCCUCAUUGACGAGCUCGAGGCCGCGGAACAGGAGGGAAAGAGGCAGAAGCUCGCGGAGCAGGAAAAGGCGCGCGAGCUGGAGCGGGAGAGGGCGCGGCUCGCGGAAGAAGGGCGCCGGCGCAUGGCGGAGGAGUCGGAGAGGUUCAAGCGGGAGAACCUCGAGCGGUUGGAGAGGGAGAGGGAGCCUGAUGAAUACGAUGAGAAGCUGGCUGAGCUGCAACAACGGCUGGACGAGAAGAGGCGACUCAAGGCCGAGAAGAAGGCGAGGAAGAAGGGCGGCGUGGUGGGUGAUGCUGCUGCCGAUGCAAACACGCCUGCAGCAGCGAAGACACCAGAACCAGCACCGAAGCCGGCCUCAGCAGCACCUCCUAAAUGGGAGGAUCUCAAGGCACGAAUGAUUGCAGCCCAAAGACUCAAAGAAGCGAGAAAAGCUGCCGAGGCAGGUCAGGCGACUGAGGAAGAGGUCAAACAAAAAUACGAGACUGUUCAGGCUCUCGAUCCGAGGAAUAAAGUCUAG